UCCAUUUACCAAAAAGCACAAAUGUUUUCCCAUUUAUUACAGCAAGACAACCUUCUUAAUUAAAAAAAUUCCUAUUUCAUUUCAUCAUUUGGAUUUUGGCAUCAUUCCAAUUAAUUACCAAAAUCCAAAACAGACAUAGGAUUUUCCAUGGCCGGAGGAGAGAACAGCAAGGGAAACAUUGAACCCGAGAAGCAAAGCCUUCUCAAUCACCACAAGGAAAAGCACUUCACUGCUGGAGAGAUCGUCCGAGACAUCAUCAUCGGCGUAUCCGAUGGUUUAACUGUGCCCUUUGCUCUUGCCGCUGGAUUGUCUGGUGCCAAUGCCACCUCUUCCAUUGUUCUCACUGCUGGCAUCGCUGAGGUUGCCGCUGGCGCCAUCUCCAUGGGACUCGGCGGGUAUCUGGCGGCUAAAAGCGAAGCCGAUCAUUAUGCGAGGGAGUUGAAAAGAGAGGAAGAAGAAAUAACAAGUGUGCCUGAUAUCGAGGCUGCGGAGGUGGCUGAAAUACUGGCGGAGUAUGGGAUAGAGCCACAUGAAUAUGUGCCCGUUGUGAAUGCUCUCAGGAAAAGGCCUCAGGCUUGGCUUGAUUUUAUGAUGAAGUUUGAAUUGGGAUUAGAGAAGCCAGAUCCAAGAAGAGCGUUACAGAGCGCAUUCACCAUUGCUGUUGCUUACAUAUUGGGUGGAUUGGUGCCACUCCUUCCGUACAUGUUCAUUCCAAAAGCUACGGAUGCUGUGGCUGCAUCAGUGGUUAUAACCAUAGCGGCUCUCCUUAUCUUUGGCUAUGCCAAAGGUUACUUCACUGGCAACAAACCCUUAAAAAGUGCUGUCCAAACUGCAUUCAUUGGUGCCAUCGCGUCUGCUGCUGCUUUUGGCAUGGCUAAGAUUAUCCAUCCCUAGGUCCUACUACUAGUGUCUCAACUGGAUAGUUAUCUCCAGUUUGCAGAUUUUAUGCUUCAUUCUUAAGGACAGAACAUCUGGAUUUUUUUUCAUCUGUUUAAUGUUGGUAAUUAGAUUAAAUCUCACAUGAUCUUAACGUAUUUUUCUCCUUUUAUUCUUGCUUCUGUUAACUGUUAGUGCUCCUACAGACUAAGUUAAUAAAUCAUCGUUUUGACAUGAAGCGAAACAA